AUGGCGCAACGGGGUACCAGCAACUCUUCAGAAAUGGAAGACGAGUGAACACUAUGCCAUCCUCCGCAGACAAUCUCGAAGAAUUUCACCGCAAAUGAAUAUAGACUGGACUUUCAAAUCAUCUUAAACGGCUCGAUGAUGUUAGUUGGAUGUAGGGGGAGGUGUAAAGUGUCUUUCAUGAGCCAUGUCUAGCGGCAGAGGACAGAAGUAUGAAUAUACGGUGGCGUCUGGAACGUACAGCUUGGUCAAGAAGAUCGGCAGUGGAUCGUUUGGCGAUAUUUAUCUCGGUGUCGAUUUGACAACUGGGGAGGAAGUGGCUGUGAAGCUUGAGCCCAAGAAUGCCAGGCAUCCACAGUUGCUGUAUGAGAGCAAACUCUACAAGAUACUACAAGGAGGUGCAGGCAUUCCUAGAAUAAGAUGGUAUGGUCAGGAGAAGGCUUACAAUGUUCUUGUCAUGGAACUCCUGGGUCCCAGCAUCGAGGAUCUCUUCAUGUUCUGCAGUCGGAGAUUCACAAUGAAGACUGUUCUCAUGCUAGCUGACCAGACAAUCAGUCGAAUAGAGUAUGUUCAUAACAGGAACUUCAUCCACCGUGAUAUCAAACCGGACAAUUUCUUAAUGGGCAUCGGGAAACGUUGCAAUCAGGUGUUUCUGAUAGAUUUUGGUCUUGCCAAGAAGUACCGCGACAGUAAAACGCGACAGCAUAUCCCGUACAGGGAGCAUAAGAAUCUCACAGGGACAGCCAGAUACGCCAGCAUCAAUGCCCAUCUAGGAAUCGAGCAGAGUCGUCGCGAUGAUCUGGAGUCAUUAGGCUACGUCUUGAUGUAUCUGAAUCGGGCUCAGCUUCCUUGGCAGGGUCUUCACGCUGUCACCAAGAAACAGAAAUAUGAGAAGAUCAGUGAGAAGAAGCUAGCAACACCUCCAGAGGUCUUGUGUCAGGGCUUUCCAGAAGAGUUUUCACACUACCUACGCUACUGUCGAGAUCUGGGCUUUGAUGAAGCGCCGAAUUACAUGUUCCUACGGCAGCUGUUUCGUGUUCUGUUCCGUAAACUGAACCACCAGUACGACUGUACGUUUGACUGGACCAUGCUGAAGCAGAGAAUGGUUCAUAACCCACUCAGCGGCCUACCAAUGUCGCCCUCGCCUGACGGAGCCAGGCAACUGGAGGCCAGGAACUAUGUCAAACACUGAAGGACUGGGCAAGUCUACUGCUUAAACUUUAACAUAGCAGUGUCACCCAUUCGCACCAACUACAGCCAAACUGACCAACAAAUUCAACUGUGUGAGGAUGAAAACUGAACUUUAGGAGACUAUGGACAACUCUAUGGUCCUUAUGUAACCUUUGACACACGUCCGCAUACAUUAUCUGAUCCUUUGUUCAGCUGAAUAGACCGACCCAUUAAGCCCCGCCUCCUGAUGAUUCGACCAAUCACAGCUGUGAUUGCUUGACCAAAUGUCUAAUGAAACUCCCACAUGCGUGUACUUGCAUGACCUGCGUGGCAGGAACAAUUAGUGUGUCAUUUCAGAAGUGCAGGUGUUGUUACCCAUGAGUGCAGUGGGUUGGGCUUAAUGUAAUGGUCUAUUGACCUCUGACAUGAUGGUAUGGCCAGCCAAUUGUAACAAAAUUGUCUGAGGUAACAAAUCAAAAUUACUCAUGAAUGGUACAAAGUUAACAUUGCAUUGUCUCUUUGAAACAUAACUAGAUCAUAACACAGUUGGGUUGACUUGUCAAAAACCCAAAUUCUAUUUUAAAACCAUGAUAUUUAUCUAACAGUAACUGUUGCUAAAUACAUUGGGAAUAUGCUAAACAGAAAAAAAAGCAUGCUGUAUAUAAAUGCAUGGACUGUAAUACACAGUAUAAACUAUUUAUAACUAUUUAAUUAUGCAAAACAAGACUGUUUUGACCUCGAGAUUCUGACCAUUCAGCGGGCGCCUUGUAUAUCAUGUCUUUGGUUACCGGUUGUGAUACACAUCUAUAAAUAAAACCUAGACACGACAUGUAUUAUACUUUUACGUUGUGAAUUGAGCCUAAAUAGGCUGCGUCACAUGGCCUGUAUGUAAUGAUACAUUACGCGAUGCGCGAACAUCCUGUGGCUUCGAAUGAUCAUCACAUUUUAAAUAACAAGCGUAAUGCGAAUGCCCUCUUGCACGUCACGUCACGCCCACGAUGAGCGUUUGCGUAAUCUAUACGCGCAGUAUUUUGCUAACAGUUUUGAGAGGAAAUGUCGGGUCUAGGUUUUAUUAGAUCUCUAUGCCCGUUGUUCAUGUUGUAUUACAAAAACAUUGCAUCCAAAUUGACCAAUCAAUAGACCACGAUUUUGUAAAGCCAACUCCGAUUGGCUGGCGAUCGUGUUCGGAUAAAUUUGCAUGCUUUGAUAUAUUAGACAUUGCUCCGUUGGACAACAGGUGAUACCCAGAGUAACCCUAGACUUGCAUGCAGAGGUUCUAAGACAAUUGAAAACUAAACUGGUUUGAAAUUAACAGUUGAUAGUCUUUACCGAAUGACAAACCUGUUACUGAACUGUUUUGAUUCAAAUGGAGUUUAGAAAGCUAAGAAGAGGUAAAAAAGACACAUUGUUGAUUUAAAGAUAAAGACUUUUCCUGGGAAUUGAGUAAAAAAAGUAGUGCUUUCACUUUUAAAGUAAACUGUCUUUCGAUUGAUGCUCCAGUUUAAUGAUUGCUAAUUAGUAGCACUGAUGUAAUGUGUACUUCAACUGAUUUGGAUUUCUAAUAUAGACAGAACAGGUGAAAUGCCAUGUAGGCUUGCUAGCAAGGAGCCUAUGUAAUAGGCUAGUUUGAUUUGUAUAUAUGUAAAACAACCUGUUCAGAAAUGUAAAUACUGUAAACAAAUAUUUUAUAUUUUUUAUGAAGAGCUGAUUUGGAGCAUUACAAAUCAUUGUAGUGAUGUGAUUGAUUAUGAUUGGCAAUACUUAAUGUUUGGUAUGGUUGUGGACUCGAAGUAGAGUCCAGAAUCAUGUUGGAAUGAGAAUUAAUUGUUUAGAUUUGGUGUAUGGGCAAUCGACAAAAUUUGGAAUCAAACUUUUGAUGGCUGGUCGUUUUAACUAUUAACACAGAGGAUCUUCAUAGUAAUCUGAUAAGUAUAAGUAUGGUGUUAGAAAUAUAAAAAAAGAAUAUCAUUUUAAGAAAGGUCUAUAAAAGAACAACCUUAAGAUCAAUCCAGCUUUAUUCAAUUUUCUUCUAAUUUGAACCUUUGUAAUAUCUAUAACUUGGUUUCAUAUCAAAUCUCUCUAAAAUAGAAAAGAACACUUAAGUGAAGACUUUUCCUUCUAGUCUUUUCCUUCUGCGUGCUAAGACUUGUUCUCGUGUUUAAUUUUGAGAGCUGUUGCUAACUUGAGUGGAAUUAAAAAAACUGAUGAAAAUGAA